UCUUUCGACUGACACACAAUCUGACAUUAUUCCCUCCCAAACCAAAUAAGGGAAGAAUUUUCCUGUUUUGAAAUUUCCACUCACUUUCCUUUUUUCCCCUCAAGUUUCAAAUAGACCCGUAAACCGUGGCCCAUUUUCCUCCAAGAACUCGAUCGGAUUCAUUCCACAGGCGAACUCGUUGCUGUUUCAGACCAAAAACCCUUGAUUUUUUCCGCAUGCAAACCAUCGGUUUCAUCCCUCCGGAAGCACAUGAAGGAUUCAAAACCCUAGGGGAGUGAUUUGUGAUGGAUUCGGGGCCAUUGGUAGUCGAUAUAAGUUCAGACGAAGGAGGCGACGACGAUGAUUACGACUGGAUAUCGGAGCUUGUCGAAGAGGUCGAGAGACCGGGAGACGGUUUGCUAAACCCUAAGGAGAGGUCGGCGGCGGAAGGUUUGGAGGAUGACUGUGUGGUUUUGGAUGGCGAUCCAGAGAAGGUGGAUGUGGUCGAGGGAAAUGCAGCUGGUGAAUCGGAUGACUUGCUCGUUGUUGGCGUGAAAGGACAGAUUGCUUGCAGAGAUUACCCUCAUUCACGCCACCUAUGUGCUAACUUCCCAUUUACUUCCAGUCCACAUGACAGGCAUUGUCACCAGUGCCACUGUUAUGUUUGUGACUCGCUUGCUCCCUGUGUCCAUUGGGGCAAUGGCACUUCCAGUAUUGACCAUUGUCAUGCUAAUGACAAAGAUGAGUUCUGGAUAUCUCAAAGGCAAUAUUCUAAACAAGGUGAUAAAGCUCCACUGCCAGUUCAUAAACUUCCUGAUACUUCUCCGUCAGCACUACCACAACAAAACCAAUGCCCAACACUCACAUUGCUGCCACCUGAUCCUGCGGCCCUCCAUCAGAUCUUCAGGCCAGCCACAAUCCGUGCUUGCACGACAUCUACAAGUUUUGGCAUCCCAAAUAUCACAAGUGAAGGCAGAAGUCAACAGUAUGCUCAUGUUUUGUCCAGAAACAAAUUCCAGCCGCAUUUGGUCUCUCAGCACUUGCUUAGUGCGCGAAAUGAUUUCAUUCAAGGGGACCCAAGGCAUGAUUCUGGCAAUUUAGGGCCUCAUGUUAUCAAUUCCCGAAAAGCAUUCAAAAGGGCAGGAUCAGGGGUUGCUUUGACAACUAAUCGAUCUGGGUAUGGCUCAUUCUACAACGAUUUCCUAACUCAACACUGCAGAAAUGCAUCUGGUGCAGCAGCUUCAAAUGAUAAAAACCCCUCCAGGUGGCAAGGUUUUCCCAAUAGAACGACUUCGAAUCGAAAUGCAUAUCACCUCACAUCCCAUCAAAACAUGUCCAGCGUCUUUGUGAAUUCUGUGCCUUCUCAAAUACAAGUGUAUGGUCAUACCAUUCCUGCCGUAAAUGAUAUGCAAGUUGGUUUGAAUUCUGUGCCUUCUCAAGUACAAGUGUAUAGUCAGCCCAUUCCUGCCAUAAAUGAUAUGCAUGUUGGUUUCCAACAAGUGAAUGAGGAUUUUAGUGCUCUUGAUCAACAGUUUUCAGAGGUUGAUACAAGUUCGAUCCCCCGUACAGGCCAGAGUAACAAACAAUAUUUGCCAUAUAAUUCCCAAGUCCUAAGUGCAGAGUUUGAUCCUCCCCCAUCCCAUCAAAACAUGUCCAGCUUCUUUGUGAAUUCUGUGCCUUCUCAAACACAAGUGUAUAGUCAGCCCAUUCCUGCCGUAAAUGAUAUGCAUGUUAGUUUCCAACAAGUGAAUGAGGAUUUUGGUGCUCUGGAUCAACAGUUUUCAGAGGUUUAUACAAAUUUGAUCCCCCGUACAGGCCAGAGUAACGAACAAUAUUUGCCAGAUAAUUCCCAAGUCCUAAAUGCAGAGUUUGAUCCUCCCCCAUCCCAUCAAAACAUGUCCAGCGUCUUUGUGAAUUCCGUGCCUUCUCAAACACAAGUGUAUAGUCAGCCCAUUCCUGCCGUAAAUGAUAUGCAAGUUAGUUUCCAACAAGUGAAUGAGGAUUUUGGUGCUCUGGAUCAAGAGUUUUCAGAGGUUGAUACAAGUUCGAUCCCCCAUACAGGCCAGAGUAACAAACAAUAUUUGCCAGAUAAUUCCCAAGUCCUAAGUGGAGAGUUUGAUCCCCAAAUUCCUGUAAAGACAAAUCCAGGCUCACUGGAUUUCCUAGUUGACGGUUGGAUGCUGGAGUAUCAGCCUUCCUUGGGGGCUCUCGAAGUUUCGGAGCCUUCUGGAUUGAAUUUAUACUCUCCUGAACCUGCUCCUGUAGAUACGGGUUUCUUCCUUGAUUUCUAGACCUCCUGGAAAUGUCUGAUGCAUGCAAAGCUCGCAACCCUACUUUUUUGCUCAGUAAAGAGUUGAGAUGCAAUCCCUUCUUUACAUGAUUAGGGUUCACCUCUACAUGUUCUCGUAAGGCGCACAAAUUUGCAUUUCGUGGAUGUGCAGCACCAGUGCUUUUCAUGUAAUGUAAUCGAUGAAGACCCAAAUGUCAGUCUCUUUCCACUUAUUCCAGGCUAAUCAACUCUGACGAGUUCUUUUUCUUGAGGUAUAUCCAAUGCUUUGAUUUAGUUAUUCUCAAAGAGUAGGAGAACCCAUGUAGUAACUUUUCGGCAGUACCUUGUUUUUAGCCAACAAAUUUGUUGCUAGUAGCUGAUGUUUACAGUUGGAAAUAGAACUGGAAUUGGCAGUUUCUUCUUCUAGUGGCAGAAAUUAGAGUUACUGAGGAAUUGUUUUCGGCCAACUGGACAUGGUUUUCUUGGUAUAUUUUGUCGUCUGCUUGUGUGGCUUCAAG